AUGCAGGAUGCCCAACAGAGGGUCAAUGAACGAGGCCAGUGGGAGAACAAAUUUGAGUUUAUUCUAACUGUGGCUGGCGCUAUUGUUGGACUUGGAAAUAUAUGGAGAUUUCCCUAUCUUUGUUACAAGAACGGUGGGGGUGCGUUCUUCAUCCCGUACAUCCUGUACUUGGUGACCUGUGGCAUCCCUCUGUUCAUCCUGGAGACGGCUCUGGGACAGUACACCAGCCAGGGGGGCAUCACCUGCUGGAGGAAAAUCUGCCCGCUGUUUGAGGGAAUGGGCUAUGCCGCCCAGGUGAUCACUAUAUAUGGAUGUAUGACCUACAUAGUGAUUCUGGUGUGGGCUUUCCUCUACCUGUUCUCAUCCUUCACUGCUGACCUACCAUGGGCUAACUGCAACAAUGCUUGGAACACAGAUGCUUGUGUGACAUUUGGCACCAAGAAUGCCAGCACCAAUUGGACUGUUCCACUCCUGAAUGUGUCAUCUUCCGUUGUGGAGUUUUGGCACCGGCGAGUGCUGAGAAUGUCAGAUGGAAUUGAGUCAUUGGGAGGCAUUAGAUGGGAGCUGGCUCUGUGUCUUCUGCUGUCCUGGGCCAUCUGCUACUUCUGUAUCUGGAAAGGAGUUAGGUCUACAGGGAAGGCAGCCUACUUCACGGCCACCUUCCCCUAUGUAAUGCUAGCGGUGCUAUUUGUCCGAGGAGUGACCCUUCCAGGAGCUAAAGAUGGCAUAUUCUACUACUUGUAUCCCAAUGUUACACGCCUAGCUGAUCCACAGGUUUGGAUGGAUGCAGGAACCCAGAUAUUCUAUUCUUACGCCAUAUGCCUGGGCUACCUGACCUCUCUUGGAAGCUACAACAAAUACAACAACAACUGCUACAAAGAUUCCUUCUACCUGUGCUUGUUGAACAGUGGGACCAGCUUCGUGUCUGGUUUCGCCAUUUUCUCCAUACUGGGUUAUAUGGCUGGGGAACAGGGUGUGGACAUCUCUGUGGUUGCUGAGUCAGGUCCUGGCCUGGUCUUCAUAGUGUACCCUCAGGCAGUGUCCUUGCUCCCCUGCCCUCAGUUCUGGGCUGUCUGCUUCUUCACCAUGAUCAUCCUGUUGGGAGUGGAUAGCCAGUUUGUCGCCCUUGAGAGCCUUAUGACCUCGGUAACGGACUUCUACCCCAACCUCAUCAGAAAGGGCUACCGGAGGGAGCUUCUGCUGCUGCUCAUCUGCUGCUGCUGCUACCUGGUUGGACUUAUCAUGAUCACAGAGGGUGGCCUCUACAUCAUCCAGCUGUUUGAUCAUUAUGUGUGCAGUGGUGCCACUCUGCUACUCCUCUCCAUAUGCCAGUCACUCAGUAUUGGAUGGAUAUAUGGUGCUGAACGCUUCUUUGACAACAUUGAGGAUAUGAUUGGCUACAGGCCCUCCUCCCUGCUGAAGUACUGUUGGCUCUACAUUACUCCAACUAUUGGCACCGUAACCUUUGUAUUCUCGCUGCUGAAGUACAGCCCUCUGAAGUUCAACAACACCUAUGUGUACCCGUGGUGGGCCUAUGGGCUAGGCUGGAUCCUGGCUAUGUCCUCUCUCUCUCUCAUCCCCAUCACCAUGGUCUACAAAUUGUACCAGGCCAAAGGGACGUUCUGGAAGCGCCUCCAGACAGUCUGUCAGCCAGCAGAUGACCUUCCUAUGAUGAAGAAGGAGAUGGCAGGUCUCUAUGCUCUGGACCGUGUUACUGAAGAUGAGAAGACCUACAACAAUAAUCUAUAGACUGACUGUU